AUGUCAACUUCUUGGUCACCCGCCAUGAAUCCUGUCGCUAACAGCAGAAAACGAAAGGCCCCGCCUAGUACUACCGAUACCGAUACUCUAACUGAUGAUCAUCAAGUUAACAAAGAUAAUGGCGGUUCGGGUGGUUCUUCUUCUUUAUGCUGUCCAUGCUUUCAUUGUCAAUGUGGGUGUCAUAAUAAUGCAAGGGCAAUGGAGGCUUAUGACCUUGAUUCACUUCCAACCGGGUUUCGGUUUAAUCCAACGGAUAAAGAACUUAUUAAAGACUAUCUUUUGAGAAAGAUCGUGAACAAGAAUCUCCCCAAGAACAGGAUUAAUGAAGCUGAUAUAUAUGGAGAUUAUCACCCCAAGAAUAUCGUAGAGAACUACCCGCAAGCUAUUGAAGGUGAAUGGUAUUUUUUCACAUCAAGAAACAGGAAGUAUAAAAAUGGUAAACGACCUAGCCGAUCAGCUGGUUUAGGUUACUGGAAAGCUACAGGUCCUGAUAAAGAUAUCAAGGACAACGGUACGAAAAUUGGUGGGAAAAAGUCGCUGGUUUAUUAUGAAGGGCAUCAACCACAUGGGACUAAAACAGAUUGGAUGAUGCAAGAAUACGUGGUCGAAGGAUAUGAAAGACAACGUUUUGGUUUAGUAGACAUGAAGCUUGAUGACUAUGUUCUAUGUAAGAUCUAUAUUAACAAGAAAGGGAGAAAGGAGUCAAAAGACGAAGUUCUUAAUAAUCAGCUGCCAUGUGUAGCCUCCAAUGAUCUACUCACUGAUGUCGAAAAUGCAGUCAGACAAGAGGCUGGAUCAGUUUCAAAUCAAGAUAUGUAUCCCCCUAUUCAUCAUGUUGAGAACAAUGUGGUUGUUCAACAUCUUCAAGACUUCGAUCAGACUAUUCAUCAUGUUAGAAACAACUUGCAAGUUCCACAUUCAAUUGGUGAGGUCAAAAGUGGGGCCGGUGAAGUGAAUGGAUAUGUCACUGUUUCGAACCAACAAGCUCAUUUACAACACUCUAACUUGGGUAUUCAUCAUCAUGCUGACAACAAUUUUCAUAAUCAAUGCAUAAAUCCAAAUGUCGGCGAUGGAGUUAUAUUGGCUUAUAAGCAACAGGCUCGUCCCACUAUUCUCCAAGUGGAAAACAAUGUGGUUGUGCAGAAUUAUCAAAAUUUAGGAUCUUUCUAUGGCCAAGUGACACCCUACAAUAUGCCUGCCCACUCUGGACAGAUGAUGAACUUUCCUAGACUGAAAGGUCCAUUAGAGCAUCAAUCUUCUCUCACACGAUCCAACCAUAUAUACACAUUGCCAGAUCAUCCAUAUCUUCCACCAACACCGACGAAGUCUGCUACCCCACCGCCACGCAUUGAGAAUGCUCAACAUCAUGAGCAUGGGUUUCCAGGGAUGUACUCGUCAGGUUUCAAUCCUAAUCCACUACAGGUUGAUCAAGCAGCUUUCCAAGAAGGAAAUGAUUGGGAUGGGCUUGACACUUUUAGUAGAUACAUAGAACUCAUGAUCGCCCAAGAUGGCAAUCUUCUUCUUGAUGAUACGGGUAUCCUGUCUGAUGCACAUGAACAAUUGGUUGCUGCUGAUGAAUCAAACAAGCAUGAAGCACCAAAAGUCGAAGAGUCUGAUGAAUCAAAGAAUCAUGAAGCACCAAAAGUCGAAGAGUCUGAUGAAUCAACGAAUCAUGAAGCACCAAAGGCCAAAGAUUCUGAUAAAUCAGAGAAGAAUGAAGCACCAAAGGUCGAAGAUUCGGGCAACUGUGGUCAGUAA